AUGGAGAGACCCUUCCUAUCUGGCCCUGUGAAUAAAUCUCGGCGAAAAAACUCGCUGGUGACUAUAGCACAGGAGCUUGGCCUCUCUGAACGUGUUCGGCCUGAGGAAAACAAGGACGCACACGUCAAGGAAAUCAAGAAGUACAUCAGCGACAAUCAGGAGACCAUCUGCGCGGACCCACACUACCAAGGACUCGUCUCAUUCCGCCCCGGAUCUGCAGGAACCGGUAGAAAGGCCGAUACGAAGGACAAUCCCAGUGUACCCACAGGUGCCAACAAGAAGCUCCUCGAGCAAAAUAUCACUGCAGAUCCCCCACCUCAAUACGAGCCCCUGUCAACUGUCGUUGUGCCUCAGGACGAGCAUGAGCGCAACAGCCACAAGAAUCAUCUCGCUUCGGCAGAAGAGACAGAGACAAGCUCUGCUCCUUUGUCUCCAGCCCCAAGUCCCACCUCGGAGGCUAGCAAGGACGGCUCGGAUCGUUCUAUAUCCAAGGAGAAGGAAGUCCCUUCCACACCAAAGAAGGGCCAGAACACCUCGUUAGAAGUGAAGAACAAGAAUAUUGUUGUACGCUUCUAUGACCACCACAACCGUGACGCAGCUGGCGAAGAGGUCUGGCUACGCUACAGAAAGGGACUUCUUGAGCGGCGGAUAGUGAACGGUCAAGAGCAGCUCUUCACCAAGCUCUCUGAGCUUCUUCCAAUAGCGGUCAAUGAGAGUAGUCCUAUUAAAGAACGUGGCGGACGGAUUUAUCACGAUGGACCUUCGGGUUCUGGCCAGCGAGUUAACCUCGGCUCUGUCGAAGGCCUGCUCGCCGGAAGGAAGUUUAAUGCAUUGGGAUUCGAUCGCAUCAAUGCGUAUCAUCUGCGCUCUGUAGAGGACGACGAGGAGCUGCUCAUCUGCGAGCUCUAUCUCGACUCAAAGCUAUCCAAGCAGCCUAUUCCAACCGAGCCUCCCCAGAUGACGACGGAAGCUCUCAAGCAAUCUUCUGGUCGCCCGUCAGGGUCUGUUGUCAGGAAGCAGGCUGUAGAGAUCUCUUCAGAUCUCGAGUUAUCUUCGGACGACGAAGGACUAGACGACCUCUCGGCAUAUCUCAACGAGCUUCUUAGUGGUCCUGACUUGCCCUGGCCAAAGGCGGAGAAGGCAGGAGACAUUCUCCUACGCAGAAAGGCGCUUGUCGGCGCUUUAGACGAGCUAAAGUCCAAGGGAUGGGCGAAGUCUGGUGGCGGAUAUAAGAUCCCACGCAAGUACACAUCUGCAGGCGAGUUUGCGGGCCGUAAAUUCACGAAAAUCGAUGUGUACAAGGCUUUUCGGAUGAAGCCUUCCCAGGCAAGCUCAGACGCGCUCCUCUUUCGAGAAGACGUUAUGGCAAAGCUUCAGACCUUGCAGGAGUGGUACGACGACCCUGAAGGCAAGCAGUCGCGGCGCUUUGGCUCAAUGACGGUUGCGAAGUUUAAGAAGUGGCAAGACGAAACACUGAAGAAGCGCAGCUUGGAGGGUUCUCAUGACUCUACUCGGAAGUCAGAGCUGCCUGGUAAGAGCAAGAAGCGUUACUAUGAGAUUGAUUCGGAUGAGGGUGAUACCACUACUCGAGUCGUAAAGAAGGGGAAGUCUGAGCGGCGUACAUCUUCUGAUCUUGAUAGCCCUUGA